UGGGCAGACAACAAUGAAAAUUUGGUACUUGUUUACAAUAAGGGGUAGAAAAUACCAGAAUAAGAAAAUAAGUUUAUCUACAAUUGAUGGGUAUUGGCAAGCAGAGGGAGACGAUGAAAGAGUCGAAGAAAAUGGUGAAACUGUUGGAUUUCAAAAGACAUUUAAAUUCUACAAGGGAAAACCUGAAAGCAGUACUGAUACAUGUUGGAUUAUGCAUGAAUUUAGAGCUAUUGAUCCUCUUCCCCCGAAAUACAGUCAUGUUGAAGGACAAACCAAGUUGGAGAAGGAUUGGGUUUUGUGCAAAAUAUGCAACACUGAGGUCGAUCCAGAAGCAGGCGAAACGGUUGAACACUCAGAUUCGGUCUCGGAUUAUGUCUCAGAAGAAGAUGAGGAAGAAGUAGCUCCAUGAGGAAGAAUAUCUGGGAUGUUUAUUUGAUGUCUGUUUGCUGUUUAAGUUUUUAAAUAAAAGAUUUUAAUAUUUCCUCU